AUGUUGAACAAGUUCGCUCUUUCAUCCUCUCGUUUCCUUUUUCAAUCCUCGUGCACCAAGAAAAUUUCAAAUAAUCCAUCACUUUUCUCAUCAUCAUCAAUAGUAUCAUCAAUUAUUCAUCAUAGACAAUACAGUAACUCACCAUCCUAUCCAAAACAUGUUAUUGAACAAAAAGUAAUUGAAAUUCUCUCAAAACAUGAACAUAUAACAGCACAACCAACAAAAGACUCUCAUUUGGUCAAGGAUUUAGGAUUGGAUUCAUUGGAUAGCGCUGAAAUUAUUCACGAAGUGGAAAACGAAUUUGUUCUUGAAAUUAAUGAUGAUGUAGCUUUCCAACUUCAAUCGGUUCCUCAAAUUGUAGACUUUGUUUACAAGGAAACUCAUCAUCACUAA